AUGGCUGGAGAAGCCAAAGUAGCCGGGGUGCUGGUGCAGAAAGCAGCUUCUGAAGAACCUAAGUCACAGCUGCAGCAGUUUCAUCAAGGACAACAGAGAUUGUCAAAUACUGAACAAAAUGGAGUAAAAGAUAAUCAUCAACCAAGACAUCUUCCCCGAAAUGAUACCAGGCAACCAAGAAAUGAAAAACCUCCUCGUUUUCAGAGAGACACCCAAAAUUCAAAGUCAGUUUUAGAAGGCAGUGGAUUACCUAGAAAUACAGUUUCUGAGAGACCAAGUACUUCUUCAGGAUCUGAAGUAUGGGCUGAAGAAAGAAUCAAGUGUGAUAGACCAUAUUCUAGAUAUGACAGAACUAAAGAUACUUCAUAUCCUUUAAGUUCUCAGCACAGUGAUGGUACUUUUAAAAAAAGAGAUAACUCUAUGCAAAGCAGAUCAGGAAGAGGUCCAUUGUAUACAGAGGCAAAAGAAAAUCCACUUUCUCAAGAAUCAUUAGAUUAUAAUAAUCAAAAACGUGGGAAAAGAGAAAACCAAACAGCUAAUCCUGACCAUUUUUAUGACAGGAAAUCACGAACAAUAAAUAAUGAAGCUUUCAGUGGUGUAAAAAUUGAAAAAUAUUUUAAUGUAAAUACCGAUUACCAGAAUCCUGUCCGAAGUAAUAGCUUCACUGGUGUUCCAAAUGGAGAGACAGAAAUGCAAAUGAAAGGAAGACGAGUAGGACCUAUUAAGCCAGCAGGACACAUUACAGCCGUGCCCUAUGAUGAUAAAGUAUUUUACAAUAGUGGGCCCAAAAGAAGAUCUGGACCAAUUAAACCAGAAAAAGUACCAGAAGCAUCUAUUCCUAUGGAGUAUGCAAAAAUGUGGAAACCUGGAGAUGAAUGUUUUGCACUUUAUUGGGAAGACAACAAGUUUUACCGAGCAGAAGUUGAAGCUCUUCAUUCUUCGGGUAUGACAGCAGUUGUUAAAUUCAUUGAUUAUGGAAACUAUGAAGAGGUGCUACUAAGCAAUAUCAAGCCCAUUCAAACAGAGGCAUGGGAGGAAGAAGGCACCUACGAUCAAACUCUUGAGUUCCGUAGAGGAGGUGAUGGCCAGCCAAGGCGAUCCACUCGGCCAACCCAGCAGUUUUACCAACCUCCCCGGGCUCGGAACUAAUAUGAAAAGAGCCCUGUGAAGAAAGGAGCUGUUGGCUGAAACAUUCUGGCCAAAACCUGUUGAUAGACCUUCUACUUUCUCUUCAGAAGAAGAUGCAGCCAUGGUGGAUAUUAUUAUUUGAAGAAAGAAAAAGCAGAUUUUAGGGAGACAAAAAGAUUCAGUCUACACAAUGGGAAGAAAUACUGAGUUAAAUAAAGCAAAUACCUUUUACAAGUAAAAGGAAGAAUUUUUUUCUUCUGCUAUUAAUAAAACCAUUGUGCCAUUAUA